GACCCUUAUUUGAUUUUGCCUGCCCACAACCCAACCCGAACCGAUAAUUAGCUUUUAAGAGGGACCAAAUAAAUGGCCAUGGGGCUGACCCUCUGAGCUUUGCUUUCUCUCGUAGUCGCCUUCACUUGAUCUCUGCAACUUUGAAUUUCGUAAGCCGAAAUCGAAUCGAACCGAACCGCUCGCCCUGUGGAUUCAAUAUUCAUAUAGCCCAGCCCAGCUUCACUUAUCCCAUCACCGACAGCCACAGCCACAGCGAAAGAGACGCGGAGGAGCAAAUUUCCCCUUCCUUCCGCCGAUGAGGAAAGACGGACCGCCCGCCUCCCUCGCCGGCGCCAACGUCAGUAAGCUGUUCACCUGUUUCGAGGCCAGGCCUCUGGUCGCCACAUGUCUUGCCCUCACUCUUGUCAUGCUUCUCUGGAAUCUCCCUCCUUACUACCAGAAUCUCCUCUUCACCCCCUCCCGCUCCUGCUCCGCUCCCACCAACACCACAACUACUUCCAUUUCCACUCACACCAAUCUCACCAUUGCUCCAAAUGGCUCUCUCCCCUUCACUGCUUCUGCCGCUGCCAAAAAGUACUCUACCCCCACCGCCAUCCGCCCCGAUCCCAACAAGCGACUUUUCCAGCCAUUUGGUAAUGCUGCCGCUUUAUUCGUUCUGAUGGGAGCCUACAGAGGUGGACCCCGGACUUUUGCUGUUGUCGGCCUUGCUUCCAAGCCCAUUCACGUCUACGGCCAUCCCUGGUACAAAUGCGAGUGGAUCUUCAACAACGGAUCUUCCAUCAGGGCUAAGGCCUACAAGAUUCUUCCGGAUUGGGGCUAUGGCCGUGUCUACACCGUCGUGGUCAUCAAUUGCACGUUUCCGCUCAAUCCGAAUCAGGACAAUUCAGGUGGAAAGCUUACCAUCAAUGCGUACUAUGGUCAGUCUCCGAGGAAGUACGAAAAGUUCACUACGUUGGAGGAAUUGGCAGGCUCUUACAACCACUCCAAGUCGCCCCCUUUCGACUACGAAUAUUUGUACUGCGGUUCGUCUCUGUACGGGAACCUCAGUGCGGCGAGGAUUAGAGAAUGGAUGGCAUACCAUGCGUGGUUCUUCGGGCCUAAAUCUCAUUUCGUGUUUCACGAUGCCGGUGGGGUGUCCCCUGAGGUGAGAGCCGUCCUGGAGCCGUGGGUGCGCGAUGGAAGGGUAACAGUUCAGGACAUCAUAGGACAGACAGAAUACGAUGGGUAUUACUAUAAUCAAUUCCUGAUAGUGAACGAUUGCCUGCACCGAUACCGACACGCGGCAAAUUGGACGUUUUAUUUCGAUGUGGACGAGUACAUCUAUUUGCCUGAGGGCAACACCUUAGAGUCUGUGUUGGAGGAGCUAUCUGAAUAUACGCAAUUUACGAUCGAGCAGAACCCUAUGUCCAGUGUGCUGUGUUUGAACGAUUCAUCCCAAAAUUACUCCAGGAAAUGGGGUUUUGAAAAGCUGCUGUUCAAGGACAGCAAGACUGGAAUCUGGAGAGAUCGAAAGUACGCGAUACAAGCAAAGAACGCAUAUGCUACGGGGGUACACAUGUCAGAAAAUGUGAUUGGAAAAACAACGCACAAGACAGAGUCGAAGAUUAGAUACUAUCACUACCACAACUCCAUCAUGGUGAGAGGGGAACUUUGUAGGGAAUUCCUCUCCAUCUCCGCCAUCAAUAACGUCACAAUAUUCAACAAAGUCCCUUUCGUAUACGACGACAAGAUGAAGAAGCUUGGCGACACCAUUAAGGAAUUUGAGCUAAACGUCAUCGGUACGGCCAAUGCGAAGCUCUUCUCCUAAUUUCAUUACAACUUUAGCUUUUACGUCUUCCAAGUCGCGAACUGGUUGUGGGAAUGUGUGAAUUGUAAGUAUGAGUUAUGAAUUUAUGUGGUGGAGAUGGAAUUGGGGAUCGAGCAGAACCGAAUGAUGCAUGAAGAUUGAGUCGCUGACCUUUGUAACCAUGGAUGGGGGAGUGGAAUUAUAUUUGCCCAAACUGUACUCCUCCUGGGCUACCCAUCUACCCUGCAACGGCAAGUGGUAACUGGUAAGGUAAGAGAGAGAAGACUCAUUUUGAAUCCAAGGAUAGAAAAGAAUCCAAGUCGGUAAUUGCGUUGAGAUUGUAAUACUAAUGAUGUUGGUGUUGCAUUGUUGUUGAUAAAAUUAAAGGUAAUUAGAUGAGGUGAAGUUGAGUGGAUUGAGCGAGUGUUUUAUUUGUUUAAUCCUUUCUACUUUUAGCUUUACCCUUUUUUUUUUUGGGGACUAUAAGUGGGGUUGGGGGAAAGAAAAUUGAUGUGAUUGGGCAUUGAAUUUGCUCCCCUGAUCUUUCUUAGCUUUAAUAAAGUUUUACAUAAAUUUAAGCAACCAAGCGUGUUGAAAUUGAGCGAUCGAUUUGAUGAGCUUAGUAAGGACAAGAAGU